GUGGCGAUGUCGCUACGUCACUUCCGCCUUUACUUAAUAUAUAAAGGGCAGGAUUUCCGCUUUCGCUCUUUUCCGGCGGUGAAGUCCUCUCGGCGCCAACAUGCCUCUCGCGAAAGAUCUCCUGCACCCCUCUCCCGAGGAGGAAAAGAGGAAACACAAGAAGAAGCGCCUGGUGCAGAGUCCAAACUCCUACUUCAUGGAUGUCAAGUGCCCCGGCUGCUAUAAAAUCACCACUGUCUUUAGCCAUGCACAAACAGUGGUUCUCUGUGUGGGAUGUUCCACCGUACUCUGUCAGCCAACUGGAGGAAAGGCAAGACUUACAGAAGGAUGUUCCUUCAGGCGGAAGCAGCACUAAUGACUGAGUCAAGAAUAAUGGGGAACUAUUAAAGAAUAAAACAAAUUUGGUACA